CAACCACAUUGUUGUUGCUCAUGUUUGUAGGCUGUAGACUCAUGUGGACUCCUGAGCCUGGCAGGCUCCACCACACACAGCAGCUAAUAAACGUGGAAAUGAGUGUGUGACCGUAUGAAUCAGAGUGUGGUGGGACCAUGGAAAGACCAGCGCAGCGUGGACGGCAGUAAGUUCUGCUUCGCUGUUCGCGUCUGCACGUGUCUGAGAUGCUGCUGAAGCUGAAGUGCAGACUCAGAGCUGUUUGUUCAGACGUGUCGUCCACUCCAGGUGGGGUAUCUGUCAGCCCCUGUGAUGAGGUCUCUGUAAAACCGUCUCCAUGCUGACAGGGAUCACACUCUGAGGAGGAACGCUCAGCUUUAUCUGCAGUGUGGAAGAAGAUGUGAUUGAUCGCUGCAGCUCCCUUCACAGCUUUUGGCCACAUGUAGUCUCUGAUAGACAUCGUCGUCCUCGGGCCUUCAGCCGAACUCUAAUGCUAAACGUGCUAACGCUGGCAGCAUUAGCAGCAUUACUAGUGGCUGCCACAGUGGUUUCCACGGCAACCAAACAGUCCGGGCUCGACCGCCGCGGUGAAAACAAAAUGUCCAGGUACAAGCGAGCUACGUUGGAGGAGGAGGAAGUGUCGGACGCUCCAGCUGAGGCGGCCUCGUCUCCUGACAGAGUGGAGGUGGGUUUCAGGAAGGGAGGUGUGGACAUCCUGGGCAGGAGGACUCAGCUGGAGGUCCUGCUGUCAGUCCUGCUGCUGGCUGCCCUCCUGGCUCUGCUGGCCUGUCUGCUGGUCCUGGGACUGGGAUUCAGCUCAGAUGGCGUCCAUGGCCUGUGCCUGUCUGAGGCGUGUGUCACGGUGGCGAGUCAGAUGGUGGAGGCGAUGGACCGCAGCGCCGACCCGUGCCAGGACUUCUACCAGUUCGCCUGCGGAGGCUGGAUGAGGAAAAACCCGCUGCCCGACGGACGAUCGCGCUGGUCCACGUUCAACAGCAUCUGGGAACAGAAUCAGGCGCUGCUCAAACACCUGCUGGAAAACGGGACUUUUAAUGGCAGCAGUGAGGCGGAGAGGAAGACUCAGUCCUACUACCUGUCCUGUCUCAACACACAGAGGAUCGAAGAGCUGGGAUCUCAGCCUCUCAUAGACCUCAUCACCAAGAUCGGGGGCUGGAACAUGACGGGACCCUGGGAAAAGGAGAACUUCAUGGAGGUUCUGAAGGUGGUUUCUGGUCCGUACCGAGCUCAGCCUUUCUUCAGUGUUGGGGUCAGUGCUGAUCCCAAAAACUCCAACAGCAACGUCAUCCAGGUGGACCAAUCAGGGCUCUUCCUGCCAUCCAGGGACUAUUAUCUCAAUAAGACAGCCAAUGAGAAGGUGCUGGCAGCGUACCUGGACUACAUGGUGGAGCUGGGGAUGCUGCUGGGUGGAGAGAGGAGCUCCACUCAGCUUCAGAUGCAGCAGAUUCUUGAAUUUGAGACGGCGCUCGCCAACAUCACCGUCCCACAGGACCAACGGCGAGACGAGGAGAAGAUCUACCACAAGGUCACCAUCGCCGAAUUACAGCUGCUGGCUCCAGCCGUGGACUGGUUGGACUACCUGUCGUCCUCUCUGUCUCCUCUGGAGCUGAACGACACUGAACCUGUCGUCCUGUACGCCCGAGAGUACCUGCAGCAGGUGUCUGACCUCAUCAACAAGACGGACCGCAGUCUGUUGAAUAACUACAUGAUGUGGACAUUGGUUCAGAAGACCGUGUCCAGUUUGGAUCAGCGCUUUGAGAACGCUCAGGACAAACUGCUCGAGAGUCUCUACGGAACCAAGAAGCAGUCCUGCACCCCCCGAUGGCAGACUUGUAUCGGGAACACCGACGACACUCUGGGCUUCGCUCUGGGAGCGCUCUUCGUCAAGGCGACCUUCGACAAACACAGCAAAGAGAUUGCUGAGGAGAUGAUCAACGAGAUCCGCUCAGCGUUUAAAGAAGCUCUGGAUCGACUCAGCUGGAUGGACGACCAAACGAGACAGGCUGCGAAAGAAAAGGCAGAUGCAAUCUACGAUAUGAUUGGUUUCCCAGAAUUCAUCCUGGACCCCAAAGAGCUGGAUGACGUUUAUGACGGGUAUGAGGUGUCAGACGACAGCUUCUUCCAGAACAUGUUGAACUUCUACAACUUCUCAUCCCGAGUGAUGGCCGACCAGCUGAGGAAGACUCCCAACAAAGACCAGUGGAGUAUGACUCCUCCUACAGUUAAUGCCUACUACAUGCCCACUAAGAACGGCAUCGUCUUCCCUGCUGGGAUCCUACAAGCUCCUUUCUACGCCCACGACCAUCCCAAGGCGCUGAACUUCGGUGGGAUUGGGGUGGUGAUGGGUCACGAGCUCACGCACGCCUUCGACGAUCAGGGUCGUGAAUACGAUAAGGAAGGCAACUUGAGGCCGUGGUGGCAGAACUCGUCAGUGGACGCGUUUCGUCAGAGAACUGAGUGUAUGGUAGACCAGUACAGCCGCUACCUGGUCAACGGAGAACACGUCAACGGAAAGCAGACGCUUGGAGAAAACAUCGCUGACAACGGAGGACUGAAGGCUGCUUACCACGCCUAUCGAUCCUGGGUUCAGAGGAACGGAGGGGAGAAGAGACUUCCUGCCGUCAACCUGACCAACGAUCAGCUCUUCUUCGUGGGAUUCGCUCAGGUGUGGUGUUCGGUUCGGACACCAGAGAGUGCUCAUGAGGGCCUGGUGACCGACCCGCACAGCCCGCCGCGAUACAGAGUCAUCGGCACGCUCGCCAACUCUCCGGACUUCAGCCGACACUUCAACUGCCCCGCAGGGACGCCCAUGAACACAGGGAAUCGCUGCGAGGUCUGGUAGACAGACUGAAAAGGACAGCGUCAGAGGGUUCAUUAGAUCAUUUUGUUAAUCAACAGGUCGGUAUGUUAGCUAGGAGAGUUUUCUUUUGCUCAGCUAAAACUGUUUAGUUUGUCAGUCAGAUUGUUAAUUGACAGGUUUCUUAAUUAAGCGGCUGAUUAGUGUCUUAAUUAGAGGCCUGGUGUCUGUUAAUAGCAGUGGUCAGGUGUUCGCUCGGGAGGUCGCAGGUGUUAGCUUCAGUUUCACUUCAUAUAAAUCUGUUCAUUGGAGACGAUCAGACUGACUUCCUGUCUGGAAUCUAAAUGGACUCAGUGGACUUCACUCAGAGACAUGAAGGACUGAUGAUGAAGAUGGUGAUGAAGCCACAUGGGACGAUGUCACUGACUUCUGCUUUACCACCGUUAUUGGUUAUUAUUAUUACUAUUAUUAUUAUUAUUAUUAUUAUUAAUGGGCUUUGGUUUGUGUGUGUGUGUGUGUGUGUGUCUGCUGUCUGUUGUGUGAAAGUGCUCUGUAACUCUCUGAUGACAUCACUGUGAUGACCUCACACAUCGAUUACAUCACGGCUGCGUGUAAAGAUCACUCGGAGGAAGUUCUGACAUUAAGGACGUUUCAGGCUCAAAUUUUCAUUGUUCCACAGAUUUGGGGUUAAUUAAUCAAUAAUCAGUGGAUUGUAAUGGAUUAUUCAUGUGGUUUAAUGGUUUUUCAGGAGCUAAGAACACUUUUAAUUAGCACGCUUAAUUAGUGACGUCGCUGUCUCCAGCAGCAUUCGAAAAUAAACACCUUAAAUAAACACCUUAAAUCGCAAAGAUGUUCCAAAACUGAAUUUGAAAGGUUGCCUAAAAGCAAAAAAAAGCCUUAGAAGUUUGAAUUAUUGUCAAAAAUCCUGUGAGUCAACACUUUCAUCCAAAUCCAGACGUUAGCCUCUGUGGAAACCAAACCAAAGGCCGUUUUGAGGUCAGUGAAGAGCGGAUGUGAUGUGAUUUGGUCUCAUGUAAGAUAAUAACUCGUUGAAAGUUAAAAACUUAAACACUGUAACUGCCACCAUUUAAAUUAAAGGCUUCGGCCUCACAGCGCGUGUGCUGCCGUUCGCUCGCUCACUUUGUUGUUUUGUUCUCUACCCGUCAGCCCUUUCUAACCAGCAGUCACGGCCAUAAAGCCGUGCAGCGUUGUGUUGAUUAAUCACAGUUAACUGACAUCAGUGGCCUCAACAAGCGCCUUUAGAUUACAUUCAACUGUGAGGCUGACUUUGGAUUUUACUGCCUUAAAACGAACGCCUUCAGAAGUGGAACGGUCAGCUCUGAUGUCUGAUGUGAUGUGACAUCAGAGUCCGUUCAGACAUCAGGUCGAGACCGAUUAGAUGAACUCCAACACAAGGCAAACCACGAGGCGUUCAGGGACUGAAACGAGCGUAUGAGAUUGACAGGUUUGAUCCUGUGUUAAAAGUCAGGAAGUUAAAUGCUGCUUUUGAAGUCUCUGACUUGAACGGUUUUAAGUCCAGAUUUGACUUUUGUCAGUUUGUUGUGAACAAGGCCGAGUCGGCGAGGCGGCGAGGCGGCGAACAGAGGGAGGACAGCUGGAUGAGUAAUGGAAACAGUACACGGAGAAACACAGUGAUCACACCGAACAUUAAGCCUUCAUCACUUUAACAAACCAACAUUAGUUGGAAAACUUCCUCGGCUCAUUACCCAUAAUCCCUCAGUUUUGCUGUGCGCUGCAGGUGCCUGCCAGCAGGUGGAGCUCUUGGCCUGCUCAUUCGGACUGAAGAAGAAACAAAAUGUUCAGAUAUUAAAAUCCAUUUUUCACAAAACUACACACUGCAUUACAAAACUGUGUGUGUGUGUGUGUGUGUGUGUGUGUGUGUGUGUGUGUGUUUGCUUCGCUUCCUGAUGACAUCACUGUCCAAUCCUGUGCAGCUCCUGUGUGUGUUGUUGUUUGUCCAGCAGAAGAAGAAGCUGCUUCCUGCCAAAGAUGUUUCUGUGUGUGUGUGUGUGUGUGUGUGUGUGUGUGUGUGGCUGUUAAGAGGGAGGUAUGUAUAUCUUUGUGAGGACCAAU